AUGCAAGAGCAGUACCCCAUUCUUGACAACAAAAUGUCUGUUACUUCAAUUGGUCGGUUCAGGUCAUUGUUAACUAGAAAUGUGACAGAAGAUCAGAAAGAAAUGUCGCCAGUGAGAGCAGGUCAGACAGAAACAUCACCAGUGACAGCAGUUCAGGUGGAAACAUCACUAGUGAGAGCAGGUCAGAUAGAAACAUCACAAGUGACAGCAGGUUAGGCGGAAACAUCACCAGUGAAAGCAGGUUAGGCGGAAACAUCACUAGUGACAGCAGGUUAGGCAGAAACAUCACCAUUGAGAGCAGGUCAGAAGGAAACAUCGCCAGUGAGAGCAGGGGCGGACAGAUAAAUUACCAGUGACAGCAGGUUGGACGAAAACAUCAACACUGAGAGCAGGUCAGACAGAAACAUCACCAGUGGCAGCAGGUCAGACGAAAACAUCACCAGUGAGAGCAAGUCAGACAGAUAAAUUGCUAGCGAGAGCAGGUCAGAUGGAAACAUCACCAGUGAGAGCGGGUCAGACAGAAACAUCACCAGUGAGAGCACGUUGGAUGGAAACGUCAACACUGAGAGCAGGUCAGAUGGAAACCACCAGUGACAGCUUGCCACAUGGAAACAUCAUCGGUGAGAGCAGACCAGGCAGAAAAACCAAUAAGAGUAGGUUGGGUGGAAUUGGUACCAUCUGA